AUGAACGAGCUCCUCGUCGCGGCUGCAGACAGCGUCGGACUGUACAAUAUACAAACGGGAGGAGCUCCUGUUGCUGCGUUUGGCAUCCCUCCAGCCGCACAGAAUGCGACCGCGCUCGUCCCCACCAAAAACAACCAGGGCGGCCUCGUUUUCUCAGCAGCAGCCAGUAAACCAUUGCUACAUGUCUACAGUUUUCAAAAGAACCAACCACUCCACAACUUUGUUGUCCCGGAAAAGCUCUCCUGUUUGGAUAUCGACACCAACGCAACAUGGUGUGUUGCAGGAAGCGCGUCUGGUCGCAUAUACGUAUGGGAAGUUGCCUCAGGUGCACUCUUCAAGUCGUUUGCGGCUCAUUACCGGGCAGUCACCGUGAUUCGCUUCCACUCCGACGGGGAGACAUUUGUCACGGGCAGCGAAGACUCCUCGAUCAGCAUCUGGUCCAUUUCCAGAAUAGUCGAUUAUGAACAAGAAAAUCAAGUACCGACACCCUUGUUGACACUUUCCGACCACACACUCCCAAUAACCUCGAUACGUCUAGGGUUUGGGACCCUUUCGUCGGCGCGAAUAUUCUCAAGCUCCCUCGAUAGUACCGUCAAAGUUUGGUCGAUUGACGCCCAUACGUCUGCAGACUCGGCAGGGCCCUCCUCGACUUUGCUGGCAACCUUUGGCUUUUCUGUCUCCAUCAUCGACAUUGCCAUAGAUCCGCUAGAGCGUUUCUUCUUUGCUGCGACGAGCAAGGACAAUGGAGAAAUCUUUGUCACUCGAAUGUACACCGACAACCAAGACGUCCCACAUCGGUCCUUGCUCACUGGUGGCAUCGGCGAGACACAUGCCGUUUCUUCAUCCAAUGCCAAAUCAAUAACCGCUGGCUCCAAAGUCUCUACGCUAGCCCUGACAACUACAUCUCAGUUACUGAUCGGCACACACUCUGGCUUGAUUCAUGUUUAUGAUACGCUAUCAUUACAGCUUCUGAGAACUAUAUCGACCUCUCAAUCUCCAUCACCGACGCCAGUCACCUUUCUCACCACUGUCCCCAAGCCCAUAGAUCUGAUAGGCCAUGUACAACUCUACAUGGACCACCAGAAUCAGGGAGAAUCGAUGUCCGUUCGGCCUGUUAUGCCCUUUGGACGAGUGAGAGAGGUCAAAGGAGCGGGGCGAGAAGUAUCACUUAUUCUGCCACCGAGGCCGAAUCUAUUCGAUGUCUCUUAUGAUCCUGCUCAAGACGCCGCCUAUUUCUCUGCAAAGCAACCCUGA